AUACGAGUGCGCAAAAGUGUUAUGUUAGUCGACUGCCAACAAGAAGCGCGCGCGCACCCCGACAUACGCACGAACUAUAAUAUUAGUGUCCGAUAUAUUGUGAAGUGAAUUUACGUAUUUCAUAUAAAGGAAAAGGAAAGUGCAUCAUGGAGCCGCUACUAGUAGAUGUUGUACAUUUCUACCCCAGAGAAAACGCACAGCCCCACAACACUGUCAAGUUCGAAGUAGUGAACGAUGAGGACCCGAAAACCACGAUAGUCCGUCGUGGCCAGCCUUUCAAUGGCGUGGUGCGUUUCAACCGACCCUACAAUGAAGCCGAAGACUUGGUGCAACUUGUCUUCUCUCUGGGUGACAAACCUCAGAUGGAAACCCAGGGCUCCAUGUACCUCCGCCAAGACGCAGUGCCAAACAAACAUACCUGGACAGCAAAGCUGAUAGCAAUCCAAGAUAACACACUGUCCUUCGAGGUGUCAACCCCAGUUACUCUGCCUGUGGGAGUGUGGGCGCUCCAGGUGGUUACAAGACUGAAGAACUCCCCAGAGAGGGCGGUGUACGACUUCGACCAAGACAUCUACAUCCUCUUCAACCCGUGGAAUCCUGAUGACCAGACCUAUAUGGAGGAUUGCAGCCUCCUCCAAGAAUACGUCCUGAACGAUGUCGGCAAGGUGUGGGUGGGUCCCAUUAAGACCACCCGCGGCAAGCCCUGGUCGUAUGGACAAUUCGAUGCCGUGGUGCUGCCGGCGUGCAUGUUUAUGCUGGACAGAGCUGAUAUACCUUUCCACCACCGUGGGGACCCGAUCAAGAUGACGCGCGUCAUCUCCCGGAUCGUGAACUCAAACGACGACGACGGCGUGUUGGUCGGCCGCUGGGACGGACAAUACGAAGACGGGACAGCACCUUCGGACUGGACGGGCUCCGUGGACAUCCUCAGCCAAUUCCUGGAGACACAGGAGCCCGUGCCUUACGGACAAUGCUGGGUGUUCGCUGGAGUUGUCACUACUGUUUGCAGAGCCCUGGGUAUACCAUCUCGCGUGGUUUCCAACUUGGUGUCAGCUCACGAUGCCAACAGCACGCUGACAGUUGACAAGUAUUACACAGAAACCAUGGAGGAAUUGGACUAUGACCCCAACAACCCAGAGAAGGCGCCUGACUCCAUCUGGAACUACCAUGUCUGGAAUGACGUGUGGAUGUCACGUCCCGACUUGCCUGCAGGCUACGGCGGCUGGCAAGCAAUCGACGCGACUCCUCAGGAGACCUCCCAGGGCAUGUACCAGUGCGGACCAGCUCCUGUGGAAGCCAUCAAGCAAGGUGUGAUCGGACUCAGCUACGACGUGGAAUUCAUGUUGGCGUCAGUUAACGCUGACCUGAUGCGGUGGAGAAAGGAUCCUGAGGCAGAGCUGGGAUACGCCAUGGUUGACACGAAUAAUUACCACAUUGGCCGUAAGGUCCUUACUAAGAAGCCAUUCGUCUUCGACCCUAUCGGCGACGAGGAUCGUGAGGACAUCACAGCCCUUUACAAAUACAAAGAGGGCACCACGUCAGAGAGACUGGCGCUGAUGAACGGAGUGCGCUUCUCUGAGAGGGCUCGCAGGUAUUACGCCGUAAUCAGCACGUUGAAGAGUGACGUCAAGUUCACUCUGAGGGACAUUGACACUGUCAACAUCGGCAAGGACUUCAGGGUCACUGUUGACAUCGAGAAUACUUCUAAUGAGGGCCGUAACAUCAAGGCGUCGUUGUCAGCAACCAGUGUCUUCUACAAUGGUGUAAGGGCUGAUAUGGUGAAGAAAACUGAAGGAAAGAUCUUCGUGGGUCCACAGAAAAAGGAAGUAAUCAGCAUCUUGGUGAGAUCCGAGGAUUAUUUACCGAAGCUGGUAGAAUACUGUAACAUGAAGAUAUCUGCGAUGGCGAUCGUGGAGGAGACUAAACAGUCGUGGGCAGAUGACGACGAUUUCCAAAUCCUCAAGCCUAACAUUAACAUUAAGUUUAACGACGACCUAAUCAUCAACCAGCCGUCGACAGUGGUAUUGUCCCUAAGGAACCCUCUGGACCGGCCUCUCACUGGCUGCGAAUUUCGUCUGACGUCAUCGGGCAUUACAGGCAGGACCUUCCGUGUGCCAGCGGCUGACGUGGCGUCAUACGAGGUCCUGCAAAUUGAGCUCCCGAUACAGCCUAACAAACUGGGCAAGAUCAACUUCGUCGCGACGUUCAAGUCAGUUGAGCUCAGAGACAUCAACGGAGCCGCCAGCGUAGAAGUAAUGGAAGGAUAAAAUAUUCAUAAUGAUGCUUUAUAAAGCGUUUUUUUAAAGAUCAUAAUGAAAAUAUCCCAAUGUACUGGCAUAGCCUAGUUUGGGUACCAUUGGUAAACUAUAUUUUUAGUAAUUUGUUAAACCACUGUUUGUAACUAUAAACAACAUUAUGUUAUUUUUCAAUAAAACUUAUUAUUAUUAACAUUGCUAAGUCACAAGAGAUUAUAAGCUUAUACGGUACUUACCGACAUUCUAAUAAACGAUCCCAAUCGCUUUUUCAAUAUAUCUCAAAAUGGACCAAUCAGAACAAAGUAUUUUUGACAUGUUCACAAAUGAGUUAUUUUGAUUGGUUCAUUCUCGGAACGGAUUGAAGAUUGAGAUUGGGAUCGUUUAUUGAAAACAGCUGUUAGUCAUUUAGUUAUAAAAAAAAAUAAAAAAUGUUAAAAAUAUAUGAAAGUUCCAUACAUGGCUUUUGAGUGUUAAAAACACAACGGUAGCUUUAUUUUUAGGUUAAGCAAUUAUAAUCUUGUAUCCAGAUUUUUAAGUCAUUUAUACUUUUUAUAUAAUUUUAUAUAUUUAAGACAGCAUUAUAAUAAAAUGUUAAAAUUAA